AGGAGGCCGUUGAGAGAUCCAGCAGCUGGUAGUGAGUUGCGAGAGCGCCGAGCAGACAGCAGCUAGUGGUCAACACAGCAGCGUCGUUUGCCACUCCAUGUGAGAUAAACCGAGCUGUCUACCUUACAGGUGACAGAAAAUAUGCUGUUCGGACGCCCGACGUGCUCCCGAAGCGGCUUUUGAGUCAUCAUUGUCACCCGGUUUUCAUUUUGGAGGAUUCCUCCCUCCAUCCUCCGGAUCGCACCGAACAGGCAAUGACAACGGUCUCAGCAACCCCGCAGCAGAUGAGGGACCGGCUGCUGCAGGCCAUCGACAGUCAGAGUAAUAUAUGCAAUAUGGUGGCUGUAUUGGAAGUAAUUACCUGUCUUGAAAAGUAUCCUAUCACCAAAGAAGCACUUGAGGAAACUCGACUAGGAAAACUGAUCAAUGAUGUAAGGAAAAAGACCAAGGAUGAAGAUCUUGCUAAGCGUGCUAAAAAACUCUUAAGGAAUUGGCGAAAGCUGAUUGAACCUGGACCAGCUGUGGUUGCGAGUGCCCCCGGGUCUACCAAUGGCAGUUCGCAUCCCUGCAGAACAGAGGCCUCUCCUCCUGACAUUUCCUUGCCAGGAAAAGGUGUCCCAGAGGUCAAAAUCAGAAAUGAUGUUCACAACACAUAUUCACCAAAAGCUGAGAAAUCAAGCAGCCGCAAGCGCCGGGCAGAGCACAGGGACAGUGGAGUGCACUUACCAGAAAAAAUCCCCAAGAUGUCUUCAUAUGAUAACUCUGUUUCACCACCACCCACCAAUGGGAUUGUUGGCAGUCCUGAUCUGCUGCCUGACCAGGAGGUAGUCCCGUCUCCUGACAGAUCUCGACUAGAGCACCUUGAUAAUGAUAAAGUUAACAGAAUUCCAGUUAACGCUGUCAAGCCUCGCCCCAGCUCUCCUGGAGUUGCCAAACCACCUAGCACUUCCUCUUUGAUCAAAGUUGCUGUCAUACAGCAACAGGCCAGACUGGAUGAAGGAGGAGGGGGCUGUUAUCAAGCCAAAAGUCCACGCGGCCUCACUAGCAGUCCAAGAAGCCUGAAGCAAGACACAAUGACCAAGCGCUCUUCAGCAUAUGCACCGAAAGGAACUCCAAUCCCAAGCCCUUCCUCCAGAGACUCUCCCUUGUCUUUUUCCCAGCCUGUAUCUUCUCCAAGCCAAGCCUUUUACGCUGAUAAGCUGCCACAUUCUUCUCAUAGGUCUUCAAUGCACUGGGCUACUUUGUCAGAAGUCCCGUCUCAUUACUCACCACCAGACGUAUCUGCAACACUGGAAUCCCCGUCAGUCUCCCCUUCCCGCUCUCUCCCACAACAGACCUUAGAACUCCACAGACCAACAUCUGAGGAAGCCAUGGCUGUGUCUGAUGAUACAGACGGGACAACGGUACCCAACUCGGAGCAUAAAAGGAGGAAGUACAGAUCUAGAGACUACUCUGUCAACUUAGAUGGCCAGAAAAUAGAGGACACCACUAAGCCUGUACGGUUAAAAGAACGUAGAUUAACAUUUGACCCUGUCACAGGUCAGAUCAAACCUCUUGUGCAUAAAGAACAUUCUCAAACAGAGGAAGCCCCCACUCCUGACCCUGCUGAGACCAGGCAGAGAACUGAAAGCACUGUACAUCAACCAGCUGUCCAAAUCCCAAUCCCGACCUCAACCCCAGCCCCACCCUCAGCACCAACCCCUGGUCCCAGUCCCAACCCCUUUCACCAAACAAAUUGGAAGGAGCUGUCUAGAAAUGAAAUCAUCCAGUCCUAUUUGAACCUUCAGAGCAAUGUGCUCACCUCCUCGGGGGUUCAGGCCCCUAGUGCACACUUUUUCAUGUCAGAAUAUCUGAAAAGGGAAGAACAGGAGAUUAAGGAGUCAAGGAAGACGCAUGUUCUGCAGACUGACAGCUCAGUAGGGGAUUUACCAGGUGUGAGCCGGGAGGUGACGGAUGACGACCUGGACAGGAUACACACGCAGCACUGGGUGGGGGUGAACGGUUGUUACGACACCAAGGGUACCUGGUAUGAUUGGACAGAGUGCAUAUCACUGGACCCUCAUGGUGAUGAAAGCAAAUUGAACAUCCUGCCAUAUGUUUGCUUAGACUGAGGGGUUUGGGAAGGUUGUUCUUUUCCACUCCUUUCUUUUGUCUCCCCACAGAGAUGAGAUACUUUGUGAUUUUGUUUGUCCACUGUGAGUUUGGCAAAAAAAAUAACAGGCCUGCUAAACCCCCCUACCCACACCUCUUCCAUUUUCUGUGAUAAUCUAUUAAGAUUUUGGUAUAAAAAGCAUAAAGAUUAAAUGAAUAGUUGAGUUUGUAAUAUUAAGGGCUGUUUCUGUUUUAUUUUUCAAACUGAAAGCCACAGGAAUGAUGAGGCCCGUGUUGCAGAGUACUGCUGCUAUCUAAACGGCAAAAGGGAGCACAGAAUUAUUCCAGACAUCCUGAAAUGGUGUUGCAGUAUGAAUGUUCAGUGUUGUAUCCCAAUGUCAGGCACACUGGGGUAAUACUGGUUCCCUUUUUAUCUUCUAGUUUUUACAAUGUAGGGCUAAAUUUGAGGGAAGGCUGGGGUUUAGCUGUCCUGUCCAGACCACCAUGUUGGUGCCCAGAAAAGGUGUUGAUAGAGUUCAUCUAGCACAGUUAGAGCCGAACGCGUCCAGAUUAUGAAAUACUGGAACAUCUUUGGCAGUUACAAGAAGCUUUAUGUGAGAUAUAAAGAGUAAAUUAUACAUUUCUUAUCAUGUAUACAUCUAUUUAUUUUGACCAGUUCAUUUAUGGGAUGUUAAUCAGAGCAGAUGUUCGAAAAAAAACCCUACAGAUUCUUCUUUUUUUUCUGUUUGCAUCACAGUGUUGUCAGCCUAAUCGUCAUUGUUAAAGGGGGCAUACAAAUGUUUGCAUGGUCCUUCUUUAGGAUUGGCCACUGCAUUUGGUUGUUAACAUUCCAGACUCCACCCUUCACCCACUUUCUCCAUCUCUUCACACAGCUCCUAAAUGUCCAACACUCGAGUUCUGAAAAUUAACUUCAUUUCAAAUGGUUCCAUCAGAAUAGCGUGGUGCUAAUUUACAUUUUAAUACAGUGAGCAACAUCUGUCCAUCCACUUUUUCCCUUUCAAAUAAUGAAAAAUGUCAGAUGGCGUUGCUCAAUGAUUGCAUUCAAGAGACAAAAGCAAGGAAGUAUUUUAGUGCUGUAACUCACUUUAUUUCCAUUCCUUUAGAUAUUGUUUGCCUUCGGAAGUUCUUUGACAGUAUUUUUCUGAGUUAAAAAGCCUUAGUGAAUGUACAGGAUUGUGAUCUCUCAUGCACUUGUACAUAAGUUGACAACUCCUUGGUCGUUUCAUCACUGAUUAAAUUCAAGUGUGAAUAGUGACUGAUGCUCCCACAACUUACCCAAGUUAUGCGCCCAUAGUUUCCUCAGUUUCAGACACAUUUUCAGUUUUUACAGCUGCUUUCAAGAGUUUAGAACACAGUUUGGAUGAGGCAACAUUUCUUUUGCUUCCGUUUUUAAAUUCAGUAAACAUAAAAAGGAGAUAUUUAAAAAAAAAAAAAAAAAAGCUGUGGGCAUGAAGUAUUCUUGGCAUUUUCCAUGUGACAAACAACUAAUACUUAAGUUUGGUUUCCCUUACUGCUCAUUGGUCACUACCAUUUUUCUCACAUGAUUUAAAUUAAGACCGGCUUCUGCUCAGCCUCUCUGUCCAUUCAUCCUUUCAGUCAUUCAUCCCUACCAAUGUGCCUUGGUAAACGGUAAAUCUGGAUUUGCUUCCGCACAAAACGCACCAAUUUGGAGCCGGGUUUAUAUGCGACAAGUCCAAAUCCCGUGAUCAAUAUGACGCUGGUAUAUGCACCGUUUUCUGUUGACUCUUUUUGUACACAUGGAUUGAGCGAGGGUGAAGCUGCAGACAAUGAGAAACUGCACAAACACAACACAGCUGGCAAUAAAGGAAAGUGCUACAACUGGUUGAUAAGAAUCUGUUUUUCUGGAGUUUUGACUGGGGCAUCUUUAUUUGUUCAGUGUUUAACAUUCUCAAUUGUUUGAAAAAUAAAAUGAUCUAAAUCUUGA